CGUGUCAUAGUUGAGUCAGCUGGAGACACCGGCGGCCGCCACUCUCCUCCUCUUAUUUACUAAUAUAUGGCGAGAAUAUCAGUAGUGUGAGAGUCACCAUAUAUCAGCAGUGUGAGAGUCACCAUAUAUCAGCAGUGAGAGUCACCAGAGGCAGCAAGGAGAGGCAGAUAACAGCAGUAAUAUGCCUCGUAGAGGAGCAAGACCACCUCCGCGUGCAGUGCCAUCCCGGCCACCUCCGCCACCUCCUCGGGCGGCACCACCACCACCACCACCGGCAUCUGUCCCACCGCCAGCAGCGGCAGCGCCAAGACAACCUGGACUCUUUGCACAGAUGGCGGCAACUGCUGGCGGUGUUGCUGUAGGGUCGGCAGUGGGUCAUGUUGUUGGUCACGCGCUGACCAGCGGGGGCAGCAGUUCCGAGCAGCCAGUCCAGCAGCCUGCUGCUACUUCCCCUGCACACAACCAGGACUACCCUCAGUACCAGGGCUACUCACAGCACUACCCUCCACACCAGGGCGGUCCAAGCGAACCACAUGGACCGUGUGCCUGGGAGGUGAAACAGUUUCUUCAGUGCGCUCAAACACAGUCUGAUGUGUCUGUCUGUGAAGGCUUUAAUGAAGCUUUACGUCAGUGCAAGGCUCAACACAACCAGAUGACAGCAUAGUGAUGGGCAGCAGGAACACAAGCAGCAGCAGCAGCAGCAGCAGCAACUUGUGGCCUCUAUGACCAAUAUUAUAGAUGUACAGUUGUAGAAAUAACAGUUUAUAACCAUUGAAGCUUAUGUGAAUUGUAAUAAAUAAUACUUUAAUUGUGGAAAAUCAGUGUAUUGUGUAGACCACUGAAGACUAUUGUGUAACUUGCAAUUAUUAGUCAUGGGGGGGGAGUGCUAAACCUAUAUGGGUCAUACAGCACCUGAGGGAAUGGGAGAUGUUCAAGUUUAAGGAACUGGAACAGAGGUUCACUUGAAGCCUCAGCAGUGUUAAGGAACAUUGCAGGCUCCUUAACCUCUAGAUAUAGUAACCUCCACUCAAGAGGCAACAAUAAAACAUUUAGUACAGCAAA